GCGCCAGCGGUUGCAAAUUUUGAUGUCAGUGUCAUAAUACCGGAAACUUCGUUCAACACCUCCUUUGGAAGAAGCGUUUGCCGGGUUCGCCGGUAUCUGUAAUUUUUAUUGUUUGGGUGAUUAGUGUUUAUUUUACAGAAUAUAAGUACAAAUGGCUCCACGUACAGCAAAAGCUAAGAAGGCUGCUGAAGCUAAAGUUACAGUAAAUGAAGCACCAAAGAAAGGCAGGGGUAAAGCAAAAAAUGAAGUAGAACCAGAGCAACAAGAUGAAAAAAUUGAGGUUAUUGAAAAAAAGGCUAAACGAGGAAAAAAAAAUGAAAAUAAUGAUGAAGAAAAGUCGAAUGGUGUGAAUGAAGAAACUGCACCACCUGCCAAGAAAGGAAGAGCAAAGAAAAAUCCUACACCAGUUGAAGAAAAACCUAUUACUAACACUGAUAACUCUGCUGAAGAGUCUGGCACUCCUGCAGAAGAAAAUGAACAUGAUAAUGAAGAAUUAGACACCAAUGGACAUAGAGGAGAGGUUCCUCCCACAGCAGUCAAGGGACGCAAGAAGGCUGUAAAGAAAGAAACUGCUGAAACAAAAAUUAAAGAGAACAUGCGUGGUAAAAAAGUGAUCAAAGAAGACAGUACUGAAAGUCAGCCAGCUAAAAAAGAAAUUGAAGAAAAACCUAAAGGAAGGGGUAGAGAUCGCAAAGUACAACCAAAACCAGAAUCUGAAGAAAAGUCUGAUAAUGAAGAUGAGCCUAAACCUGAGCCAGCUGAAAAACCAGUGACUAAAGGAAGGAAAAAGGCUCCAACUAAAGCUGAAAAAGCAGCAUUGGAGGCAGAAAAGAUGGCCAAUGAAGUUGCAGACAAGUCCAAGGAAUCGGAAACUAAUGAAGAGAUUGCUGAGACUGAAUCCAUUGACAGUAAGACUGAUGAGAAAGGCGAAGGUGAUGUUAAAGGUGAUAUUGAGCCUAAAAAGGGUAAGAAAGGUGGGAAGAAAGCCCAAGCCAAAGAAGAUAAAAGUGAGAAUGCUUCAGAGAAAAAUAAAAAUGGAAAAGAUGCUAAGGAUGAUGAAGAAAUGGAUUUAGAAGCAGUAGUUAAACCUCCAAAAGCUAAACGUGGUCAGAAAAAGGCAGUUGAAAAACCUGUUGAGCCUGAAGAUGUCCCUGAUACUGGGGAGCCAACAUCCAAACGCAGGCGUAAAGCUGCAGAAGAUAAGGUUGAGGAUACUAAAAAGAAGGUCAACAAGUCAGCAACUGAUUUUGAAUCCAUAGACUUUUCAAAUACAUCUAAAAACCCACAGGGUAAGGAAUGGAAUUUCAAAAUUUCCUGUUGGAAUGUGGACGGUAUUAGAGCUUGGUUAGGGAAAGGAGGCUUAGAUUAUAUAAAAUAUGAGAAACCUGACAUACUGUGCCUGCAAGAAAUAAAGUGUGCGCGUGAUAAAUUACCUGAGGAAGUUACAAAUAUUCCUGGUUACCAUGCAUAUUGGUUAUGCAGUGAUAAAGAGGGUUAUGCUGGAGUAGGAAUAUAUACUUCGAAGCUUGCAAUGAAUGUGCAAUAUGGCCUACAGAAUGAGGAAUUAGAUGAUGAAGGUCGAAUAAUAACAGCGGAAUAUGAACAAUUUUAUUUAAUAUGUACAUAUGUACCAAAUGCUGGUCGGAAAUUGGUUACAUUGCCUAAAAGACUGAAGUGGAAUGAAGAAUUUCGUAAAUAUGUUAAAGCGCUGGAUGAAAAGAAACCUGUAAUUAUAUGUGGCGAUAUGAAUGUAUCACAUAAUGAAAUAGAUUUAACCAAUCCAAAAACAAAUAAAAAGAAUGCUGGAUUCACGGAAGAAGAGCGCGCCGGUAUGACCCAGCUUCUUGCAGAUGGAUUUGUUGACACUUUCAGACACAUAAAUCCAGAUAAAACUGGUGCUUACACUUUUUGGAGCUAUAUGUUUAAUAGUCGAUCGAAAAAUGUUGGAUGGCGCCUAGACUAUUUCAUUAUGUCUGAAAGACUUCUGCACUCUCUCUGCGACAGUGUCAUCAGGGACAAAGUGUAUGGGAGUGAUCAUUGUCCUAUUAGUCUCUUCCUACAUCUUAGUACUGCAGACAAACCCAAGGAAUAGAUGACUAAUAAAAUGAUUACAAGUGUUUUUCAAACUUAAUAUUUGAACAAAAUUAUAUAAUUUAUAACAAUGAUAUAAAAAAAUAUUUUGUAUUUUUAAAAGAUUGUAAGCAGCCUUAACAUUUCGCGUUCAUAAAAUGUUAAGAAUUAUCAAAACAACAUUUUGGAAAUAACAAUAUUUCGUAAUUGUAUCAUAAUAUAGCAUUUUUUUGUAUGUACAAAAAAAGAAACACGUGAUUAUGCUAAAAUGAGUGGUAAAUAAACGCAAUAGUAAAGACAAAUGCAAAGUUUGAAAAAUAUUAUAUGUUUUUUAUUUGGAAACUGGGAUAGUUAUAAUAACUGUAAACAUUUCAGCUUUAGCUAAUUAAGAAUAAUAUGUUUGUACAAAUUGGUUGACAAUCUCAGUGUUUUGUUAAAACGAUUCAAUAUGACAGCUCAUUUUGAGAAUAUUAUUUUUGUUAAAAACAUUUACAAUUCAUGCAGUUAAUUAUAGACAUUGUUCUGAAAAAGUAUUUUAUUUAUUUUUAAAUUACAUUCGCAACAAAAACAAUUCUCAAGUCAAUCUAACUAAAUCUAGUAAUCAAGAAUCUAACAAAAUUAUGAAGAAUAGUUAGAUAUCAAUCUCUCCAACAUGUUUGUAAAUUGACACAACUCUUUAAAUUUUCGAUGAAACUAUGUCUCAAUACAUAACCAGUCAAAAUAAGAUUUAAAAAAAAUCGAUCCAUUCAUAGCAAUUUAUCAAUAUUGAGUACAAAAUAUCUUUAUCUAAUUCAAUUUACAUGUCCUGUUCUGCUUUAGUAAUAGAUGUUCUUUU